AAACAUUUACAAUGGGACGAGACCGGUGACAAAGAACACUCAAGAAAAGCCAUACAUUAGGUAAAAAGAAAAUGGGGUCAAAACCAAGCACUCCUAAAGCCAAACAAAAUGCAAAAGCAUCAACUGUAGAUGCGAAGAAAUCUAAAGAAAAACAUGCGAAAGAUGAUGAUAACCAACUCAAAACAUCCAGCAAUAGUCCAAAGGAUGUGAUGAUCAGCUACAGCCACCAGGACAAGGAAAUGAUGGCAAAGCUCAGAGAGAGUCUGGAGGAUAAUGACAUCACGGUUUGGGUUGAUGUUGUUGGGUUGCAAGCUGGCGUAGAUUUCCUCGGCAAAAUUGGACAAGCUAUUCUUAAUGCCAAACUAUUUAUAUCACUGCUGAGCACCUCCACGGUUAAGUCAAAGUACUGUCAGGACGAGAUUGCUCUGGCCUAUAUAUCCCAGAAACCAAUAUUUCCAUUCGCCAUCAAUACACAACAAGAGAUAUACGACUGUAUGGGCACAGGAAUGAAAUUACAACUUUCCGGCAUUGAGUGGACAUUUGCUCUCAAACCUGAAACAUUUGAGAAUGAUUUUGCAGAGUUACUAUCUCGAUUGAAAGCAGAGCUAGAGGCACAAAAAUCAGAUGAGAAGUCAGAUGUCAGUGAGAAACGUAUGCUUACUCGUCAUACAAGUAAAAGCAAAAAGAAAAAGGAUCCAAGGACUCAGGAACUUUCUGAAGAAUUCUGGAAAAAACAUUUUGAUAAAGAGGAAGUGGUAGAAUGGGAAAGGUUCAAGAAGGAUUUUUCAAAGUAUUUCCAUGCUGAGAUGGAAUACCUUUUCACUGAAGACAAGGAAAAAGGUUUUCUAUGGGCAAACUUGAAAGAGGAGGUAGAACUACUGAAUGAUGAAAACUCGGUAGAUAUGUUACCAAAGAAAAACCUCAUUGAUUUUACAGUUCGAUAUGGAGAUACGUUAUCCCUGUGGGAGAGUGUUGAGGAAUUUGGCAAGGAGAUGUUUGCAAUGCAAGAGGUUUUUGGAAUGGACUCCUCUGUUAGAGUGCAAGCUAUUGAACAUUUAGGGCAGUUCCAAAGUCCUCGGGUGAUUGAGUCCCUCCGUGACUUGUUGUACAAUGAAGACCCCAAUGUCCGAGCUGUGGCCAGUGUCUCAUUGGCAAAGACUGGUAACUCUGAAAAGUUAACAAUCAAACGAUUGAUGAAAGCUCUCAAUGACAAAGAUCGCCUGGUGAGGGAGGCUGGGUGUCUCGCUCUGGGCCACAUCAAAGCUAAGGAGGCUAUACCAGCUCUACUUCGCUUAUGGAGGAAUGACUUCAUCUCACAUGUACGAGAGGCAGCUCAAGCAGCCCUUGAAUUGAUAGGAGGAGAUGAAGUAGAACAGGCCAUGCAUAUUACUAAGGUCUUGGCAGAUGAGAUCAGACUUCUUACUCUGGAAAACUAG